UGUCCGGAAUAGGCCACCGAGAGGAAAACACGCUCGGCUUAUUUUUCUAAAAUGGCGUUUCCAUUGGCCCGUUUAACAACAGGCACCAACUUGGCCGCCUUCGCGCGGGCGCUCUGGGAAACGUAGGUUUACCGGCGCCUCGGCGACACGGUUUCUUGCGUAACCAACGAAACAUUUUCGUUGUGCGGCGAUUUCGUUUCAGCCUCAAAAGCUACGCAAUGCGCCGAGCCUUUAAGCCAAGAUGAGCAAAUUUGCCCGCAAUAACGUGCCUUGCAAAUGAUGAUGGGGCGGGGGGGGGUCCCCGUUAUUUAUCCUUGCUCGAAAAUAACUUGCAUCAAUUUGAACUAGAAAUUGGUGCGCAAACGAAUCUGCACCUAAAUACGUGGGUCAGCGUAACCAACGGGGGGUAGUAGCUUCAUAAACUACAAUCCCAUGAAUCUACGUGGCUGGAGCGCCGCUGACACCAGCUACGAGAUCGACCACUUUCACACGAGCUUGCUGUGCCCGCAGAACCGUGACGGCCCAGCCGGGAGGAGGAGGGGGGGGAGAGGAGAUCGCACGCCCGUGUCGUCUCACGAUGGUGCUCUUAUUGAUAGUCGCAGGCCUCGGGGUGGUGAUCCUGCUGACGAUCCUGUUUGCCCCUCAUAUCAGGAAAUACGCCGCUGGAGGAGUCUGCAAGUCUCUGGGCCGUCUGGAUGGGAAAACGGUCCUGAUCACAGGGGCCAACACAGGGAUUGGGAAGGAAACGGCCCUGGACCUUGCCCUGAGAGGGGCCCGAGUGAUAAUAGCCUGUCGGGAUGUGAAUAAAGGCGAGGAGGCUGCCGCCGGCAUCCGUGCCGUGUACCCCAACGCGCAGGUGGAGGUCCGGGAGCUGGAUUUAGCGGACACCUGCUCCAUACGUGCCUUCGCACAGAAUCUCUUGAGAGAUAUCAACCAACUUCAUGUUCUCAUCAACAACGCUGGUGUGAUGAUGUGUCCAUACAUGAAAACCAUAGAUGGGUUCGAGAUGCAGAUCGGAGUCAACCACCUGGGGCACUUCCUGUUGACCUACCUCCUGAUUGGCCUGCUGAAGCGCAGCGCUCCAGCCCGGAUCGUGGUGGUCUCCUCGCUGGCGCACAACUUCGGCUGGAUCCGUUUCCACGACCUGCACAGCCAGGGCAGCUACAACAGCGGCUUAGCGUACUGCCAAAGCAAGCUGGCCAACGUGCUGUUUGCCAGGGAGCUGGCACGCAGACUCAAAGGUUCCAGUGUGACUGUGAACUCGGUGCACCCGGGGACGGUGAACUCGGAGUUGACCAGGCACUCAACCCUCAUGACAAUCCUCUUCACGGUCCUCACCAUGUUCCUGAAAACCCCCCGGGAGGGGGCGCAGACGUCCGUCUACUGCGCCGUGGCAGAGGAGCUGCACUCCAUCUCUGGGAAGCACUUCAGUGACUGUGCCCCGGCCUUUGUGGCUCUGCAGGGGAGGAGUGAGGAGACAGCACGGAGGCUCUGGGACGUCAGCUGCGAGCAUCUCGGCAUCGAGUGGGAGUGAUUCCAGUUUCUUUCUGCUCCCCGCCAUCUGUCUCAGCUCUCCGGAGUCCUCCUCCUUUCCAUGAUCAUCCAUUUCCUGGUGGUUUUUCUGUACUUCAGCGUUACUUUGUCAGGACAUUUCAGCAGACUGGGUGGGAGUUAAAAGUGGCACCAUGAUGAGUUUUUGCUCUUUAUGUAACAAGGCAGAAUUUACGUCAUAAUAACUUGAGUGUUUUGGGUUUUCCAUAACAGCCUUUGGACGGCUCCCCAAACCCACACCACCCGGCUGUAUUCAUGCGUUAACUCAUACUCUGGUAUAGUUUUGUGACACCACGUGACUACAGCCUUGGCAAACAAGCAACUCGGUGAAUUGUAAUGCUGCAGAAUACUGUGACGGGUCAAGCCAGGGUAAAUUAUGAGCCUCGUUCCCCCAGUUUCCCCUUCAGUUGCUCCGCAGCCGGACUACUCCCGUCAGGACCCGUCUCCAGAGAAGCGGCAAGCGCGUCUCUGUUGCUUUUUUACGCGAAGGAAAUUGGCAAAGUAUCGGAAGAACUUUGUGUACUUGCCACGUUAAAAUUAUUUACUGCUUGAAGACAACAGCCGAAUCACGACUCUCUUAUCGUCUGGGAGGACUCUGAGGAAAAAUGGUGCAUCACGACGUUUAACGGCUUCACCGCAGCAGCCGGUGAAGAGUGAAGAAGAAGAAACGUGGUUGUUAACAAGCAGACUAAGCUCCGACACGGCCUUUACCAACCGACACCACAGCGUCGACAGUUAAAACUCAGGGUCAACCAUUUUGUAAAUGUUUUUCAGCAGUUGAGAGGCUAACACAGCAGCGCUGCAGUCUCCAUGGCGACUGUCUCAUGUGAGACGGAUCUCUGGGAUGGAUUUCCUGUGGUCAGACACCAACGCAGCUACCCGUGUCACCCUAGUUUUCCGUAAAUUGAACAAAAAUGAUGUGAAAAUUAAAAUUCAAACCCUUGUAAAAUUUACAAGCGAACUUUGCAUUUUUGGGGUAAAAAAUUUACUUUCGUUUGCCAAAAUCGAAGUUACCGGACGAACUCUUGCAUUUCCGAGCUUAGUUAUGUUUUAACAUUCCUCCCCCGUCGCGUGUCCUUCUCAGCAUUCACCACAAGUAGGCUGCCAGGUUUAUGGCCGUUGCUGUUUUAUACGAGAGAAACAUGCCUUUUACUAGAUCUACAUUCAUGCCAGGAGUUGAAUGUUUACACUUGAUGUAAAUAAAUGAAAACGUUAAUAAACCCUGGCUUGUACUUGUCCUUAUUAGAGACGUAUUUGGCGAACAUCAGAUGAGUUCAACCAGUGUUGUCGUCAACAAAAAUUAAAAGCUUUACAGAAGGGGCGUCCAGGUGGCGUUACGGUCUAU